AUGCGUGCCUCUCUCUUCAUCCUCGGCCUCAGCGCCGCCGCUUCCGCCGUCCCCAUCGUCCUUGAGGACCCCAGCAACGAGGUCGGAUAUGAACACCACCACCGCAUCCUCGACCUCGUGGCCCAGGGCCCCCAGCACCGCCAAGACAAGCGCUCGCACCCUGCUUCCCAAGGCCAGCUCGACUCCAACGGCGCGACGGACAACGCCUACGACGAGGACGACCACGACCACGACGACGACUUCGACAUGCCGAUGCCAGACUUUGGCUCUGACGACCCAGAACCUCCACACUCGGCCGCCGACCACAACUCCGGGGUCGCUCACUCCAACCCCGCCCUCUCCGUCGACGAUGCCUACGCCCCGGACGACGACGACCACGACAACGACUUCGACUUCCCCAUGCCGUGGCCGCAGUCCGACCGCGACGAAGCCGCCGAGGAAUACUGGGACGAAACCCACUCGAAGCGCGGCCUCCUGGGUCUCGACGACCUGCUCGACUACGUGCUGGGCUUAGUCAACAACCUCUCCAACAACGUCGUCUCCAUCGUCAAGAACCUCGACGCCGGGCUCGGCCGCACCCUCGACGACCUACUCGACAACGUCGACGACCUCGUGUCCGAGAUCCAAGAUACCCUCGACAGCAAAACUCUCAACGAAGACCAACUCGACAGCCUCGUCACCGACCUCCAGUCCACGGUGAACCAAAUCACCGCCCUCCUCGACGACGUGUCCUCCGACCUCUCGCCCGCCCUCUCCACAACCGUGCAGAAACUCUGCGACCGCCUCGACAAGCUCCAAAACAACAUCCAGCUCCAAUCCACCGCCGCCAUCACCAGCGCCAACAGCCUCCUCGCCACCGUCACCGACCUCGUCGACUCCCUCGGCGAUCUCGCGAGCUCGAUGAGCGACUCCCUGAGCAAUGUGCUCAAGCGCGUGUCCCCGGCCCUGCGCACGCGGACGAACAGCUUGUUGGAUAGCUUCGACAGCUUGACGGCGGACGUGCAGAGUGCGGUUGCAGGCCAGACGAGCACGGACGGGCUGGAUGAGGUGUUGAGUGAGUUGGAGCAGGUGGUGGGGAGUUUGACGGGGAAUGUGAAUAAGAUUUUGCAGAAGGCCGGGCCGAAGGUUAGUGAGACUGUGAGGGGGCUUUUGGAUGAGGUGGAGGAGACGGUUGGCACGCUUGGGGAUGAGGUUGAGGGGUUGACGGAGUAG